CGGCUCGUUAUCUUCAUUACAUUGGAAACGAAAUGUUAUAUUUCCCGCGUGAUUCGUAUUCUUCGUUCCGAAAUAGAAAACUGGUCAGAGAUGGUCUUGACAGACAGCUUUAAUUAACUGUCAUCGUGAACUGUACGUCUCGGAGAAUUGCGAUUUAUUACAAACAAUUUCGUAAUUUUUCUAAAUAAUCGCGUCUUGUAUACCGUUCUAAAUGUUAUAUUAUUGUGAACCGGCCAUAUAAGCAGCGGGGGAGAAUAAUUUCAGGAUAAGUGAAUUUUUUGCAUUUCUAUAAAUGAAAAUUUAGCUUUCCAAUUUCUUUUCUUUCGUUACUACUUUUUUAAAUUUUUUCUUCUUCUUCAAAUUAGUGGCUUCCUCCAUGUCGAAAAAUUCACUUUCCAUGGCCAGAAGGAAGGUUGAGAACCACUGCUGUGAACUUGUUCGAUGCGAUUGUUGCAUUUGCGAAACAGUUUUCAGUUAAUCAAAGUAGACGCCUCCUUACGUCACUGCUUUCAUCCGACGACGAGCUGCUUUUGCAGCCUGAAAGAAUAAUGUUGUCAGCCGACGACAAGUCGUUCCGGUCGAACGGAAGAGAAAGAAAGGAGAGAGGCGCGUGAACGAGAGAUGGGCUAGGCGAUGAAAGCCGGCGAAAGCGAAUCACUUUCAGUCAAGUUCGGUGACUGUGACCUGGUGACACCGGCAUGCGGCACCACCUGAAGCCCCUUCCCCCGUGUCAUCCUUCCUUCACGAAGAAGGGGUACUCUAAACUUAGCCACGGACUCGAGGAAACUCGACUCGUAUUCAGUGCAAAACCACCAUCCUCUCGAAUCAGUUUCUUCACAGCCUAUUCUUCACUGCUGCUCUCCCUCUGUGUGUGUUCUCCCUUACGCUCAACACGUUCGGUUUCAAAUUAACGUUUGACAAAUAUCUCGGAGAAUGGCGUACAGCUGGGACAAUCGGGUAGAUUUCAUUGUAAGAUUUCUUUAUGACAUAGACAACAAUGGCAUAUUGGAGAAGCACGAUUUCGAAUGCAUGGCUCUCAAGAUGACCUUAAUCGAGGGGAAAGGAGAGUUCAGUUACGGCCGUUAUCAGGAGAACCUGCACAUUAUGCUUUCCCUGUGGGAAGAAAUCGCAGAGCUUGCCGAUUUCAACAAAGAUGGCAUUGUAACUAUCGAGGAGUUCAAGGAGGCAGUGCAGAGAAGUUGCGUCGGACGAGAAUAUCGAGACUUCCCGCAGGCGAUGAAAAUGUUUAUCGACAGUCAUUUUAAGAUAGUAGACUUAAACGACGAUGGUGUAAUCGCUGCCGAUGAAUUUCGCUACAAUUGCGUAACAAGAAUUCCUGUGGACAAUGUAAACAUCUUGGACGAAGCCUACCAAAACCUUCUUAACGCAUUGAGCACAAACGUACAACUCUUACAAGACACCAAUGAUGCACGCAACAAAAAUUAAACAUGUUUAUGUUCCUUAACCUCCAGUAAGGCUAUCUCUUUCUUUUCUCUUUUCGUCAAAUCUAUUGAUUACCUAGAAUUAUUUAGGCAAGUUGCAAGAAUAAAACCUAACAAAACCAAGCAGCUACUACACGUUAUUAAAAAACAACAAUUUUUCAUUGACUUUCCCUCUCAAUAUUUAGAUCUUGUGACUCGCCUAAUAGUAACCUAAACCAAGUAAGACAAAAAUAACUGAAUAAAAAAAAGUCUAAACUUUGUCUAAACUUUACUUAUUGAUUAUAAGAAAAAAAAAAUAAAAGGAAUACGAAAUACUUUCUGAAUGUUUGAUUUCAAUAAAAAAAAAAAAACAA